CGAACUUAAAGGAAGUAAGCUCUUCACUUACUGAAAGAUUCAGAUCUGCAUGUCAGGGACUGACAUCACAGGACAACAAUGGUUAAAGAAACUUGCAAGGAAGAAAUAGUACUGAUCCACCUUUUUGACGAAGGUAAUAGCCUCAACAGAGACAAAGCUUUACAGCACAUCAGGAGUAUUAAUGAAAAACACUAUGGCACCAACAUACCAUUCACCUACUUCAUGUGCGACCAAGAUCCUAUAUAUAAGGAAAAUAAUUCAGAUAAACUUUUUGAUAUACCAGAAACUUACCUUGAUAGCUUUAAAAAUGGAUAUAAGAUUGUAAAGGACACAAAUUUGGCUGGUAUACUGUAUACUAUCAAACAAGAAAUAGAUGAACUGGACAAAAGCACUGCACUAAUUAUUCUGCCCCAGCAGAGGAAGCUAGAAAUGGAUGUAUACGUAGAACAGCUUUUUACUGCUGUGUAUAAAUUCACACUGGAGUGUUAUAAUGUACAUCAUACGAGUGAGAACAUUAACCAGCUAUGUGGCACAGAACCAGACAAGAAUGAAUUGCCUGAUGAGGACCCCAAAGAACUUGCAAGAAGAAACAUCAAGUCAUACCUACAAAGCCUCCCAAGUCUAAAUGGGGUGCUGAUCGUCCUUAAAUCACAGAGAAUACCAGAGGAUAUCUUUCUUCAUGGGUUUACUACACGAUGUGGUGGCAUUUCUUCUAUACUGACCCUCAGCUCCUUAAAUAUGUUCAGCAGUUCAAAAAGAAGAGAUCCAAAGGCGGUUGUUGCAGAAAACCUCCGCCGUCUUGGAAAGGCUGCAGGAUUUGAUCCUCUCACAUAUAAGCCUGUGAAGGUUGACCAUGCUGAGAAGGUUUGGAUCAUGGGAAAGCCGGAGCCGCCCUCCUAUGAUGGCAUAGUAACCAAUCAGAAAGCUGUGACCAUAGCCGCUCCGGGUGCAGACUGUAUACCAAUCCUGCUCUGUGAUCCAGUUAAAAAGGCAUGCGGAGCAGCCCAUUCUGGUUGGAAAGGCGCCCUGCUAGGAGUCUCGAUGGCCACAGUAAACGCCAUGAUAUCAGAGUACGGGAGUGAUGUGAAGGACAUACUAGUAGUCCUGGGCCCAUCAGUAGGACCCUGCUGCUUUAAAUUAAUACAGGAGAAAGCCAAAGCCUUUUAUGACAUCGACCCACAGUGUGUCCGUCAAUAUGAGUCUCCUAAACCAUAUGUUGAUAUCAGAAGAGCUACACGGAUCCUCCUGGAACGUGGGGGUAUUUUGCCACAGAAUAUUCAAGAUGAUACCAUAGAAGACAAGAGUGAAAAUAUCACACUCUGCACCUCCUGCCAUCCUGACAAAUUUUUUUCUUAUGGCCGGGAUGGGGAUAACUUUGGCACACAAAUCUGUUUCAUAUCUAUCAAGUAGCGAGUUUCAUAAAGAACAUAAUGACUGUCUAGAAAAAAUAUAGACAUGCUAACCAUACAUUCAUUAUAAGCUAAGUGCUACCGACUUUACGUUAUCAAGUCAUGUUCAUCUGUAAGCAUACUUAUAUUGUGCUGCUGUCUUACAUUAUCUGUAUUGAAACCAACCAGUUACAGAAUGUUUACUUGAAUUCCCCACUUUCUUCCACUUAAAUCACCUCCUCAAGUUGAGUGAGUGAUAAAUUUGGCGCAUCUUAAGUUAGCACUUUCUUAUUAAAAGAGAAUCUGUCACCAUGAAACGCAGUGCAAUCUGCAGGUAGCGUGUUAUAGAGCGGGAGAAGCUGAGCAGAUUGAUAUAUAGUUUUAUGGGGAAAGAGUCAGUGAAACUCGUAAUUUUAUACAUUUAUAUGUCUGCGAUUGCAGAUCUCAGUUGUACAUGGGGCAAGUGUUAGGAGUGACUGAUUCACUGCAUUCUCUGUAAGUGUAUAUACAGAGAUAACUGUCAGUCAGUUGUACAUGGAGGCGGACUGGAAAUAGCAGAGAUAUAAAUGUAAAAAUUGCAAGUUUUAUGGAGUCUUUUCCCACAAAACUAUAUAUCGAUCUGCUCAGGUCUUCCUGCUCUAUAACAUGCUGCAUUUUCUGGUGACAGGUUCUUUUUAAGACUGUUGCAAGAAAUGCCAGUCUUAAUAACCCCCAUUUUCAUCCUGAGCAUAAACCUGUGUAUACUU